GUCUCUCUCUCUGUGUCUCUCCCUUUCUCUGCGUCUCCCUCCGUCUCUCUCCCUCUCUUUCUGCCUCCUUCUCUCUCUGUCUCUCUUCCUGUCUGCCUCUCUACCUCGUUCUUUUUAUGUAACGUUCCGCCUCCCCCUCUCUCCUCUGCCUACACCACCGUCUUAUUCUAUGUCUCCUCUAUCAAAUUCAAUUCAAAGGAGCUUGGACGGUCUCCGCUUCUUUUCCUCGAGUGUGGCCGAUGUCCAUGUGUGUGUACAGAAACGUCGAAAUUGGUCAAGCCUCUAUGUCUCAUUGAGUGUCUUCCUCCUUGACGCUUGUGUGAUCUAUGGCCGCCUGCCUCAUGUCCUCCUCCUCGCCCUGUAUUUCGCAAAAAAGCCCCUCUGCAUGUUGUUGCCUCACCCGUACUAGGUACUAGGCGUGACUUUCCUUUGACCUCAUGGAACUCAAAAACACGGCUGAUAACGCUGCCAAGUUUACUGGAAACCUUGGAGCGAGAUUUGAGCGGCGCGUUUGUUUGGGGCCCGUUCAGGGUUGCCAAAAUGCGCUAAAGACACGUCCUACUUGCACCCAUUUCAUACGUUUUACAAAAUCUAAUCCUUGCCCAAACCGUAAAAGAAUGUACAGGUGGUCAACGAUCACUAUUGUAUGUGGCGUGUGACUUUAUGCGUGACGUUUUGAGCAAGACCGGACCUAAGUCAGAGCGGAACCCCCUUCGUUGCAGCAUUGUUUGAUGAGAUUUCAAGGAGCUCUGCACGGUUCUAACCCAGGCUUGGGCGCGGAUGCAUGAUUACAUACGAGGUUGUGACAUUGAAAGGGUUUGCGAAAUCGCGGGUCAUUGGAGUGAGAAAUAGGAGGUGUGGCGGGAGAGCCUGCGAAGAGUGACUCUCACGCUCGAUUCGUGACUGUUGGCCGCUCUGCUCUCAUAACAUAACCAAACAAGCCUAUGGCAAUGCAGAUUUGUGUACCUGCUGAUCAGUACUUUGCUUUGUAAAAGGUCAUAUGUGCACACUAAAGAGUCAAUGAAUCCAAAGCGAGCUGUAUUCGUUCGCCUCAACAGCGAACGCAUACACAGCUAAUAGAGCAUGUAUGCAUUUGUGACGCCAGUCGUUCUUCACCACCUCAAAGUAGCACACGUGCAGACCACCAUGCAAAGGAGAGCUGCCAUUGUUGUGCACGUCGAGUGACAUUACACCUGGCAUUACAUUUCAUCCAAUAACAAUCUGCUGUUUAAAAAUACAUCAAUGUGCUUCAAUGUGAGUCAGUGUAACCCUUAUAACCAGAAUAUAUAUUGACUCAUGUGCGGCUCAACUUGUGUACGGACGUGUUGUUUAUCCAGUCAGGUACUCCAGAACCGAGGAAAUCGCUGCAGUCAGGAUGACAUACUGCAGCUUUAAGUUUCAGCCGUGUGUUUGGCUCCUCGCUGAGGCACUCCACUUUGUAACGUGUGUGUCCCCCCCCCCCCCCCCCCCUUUGACUGUAGCAGUGGAGACGGGGAGCACCAGCUCAGGGGAGGACCUCCUGGUGCCCAGCCCCUCCUCGCCGCCCCCCCCACCCCGCGUCUACAAGCCCUGCUUCGUGUGCCAGGACAAGUCUUCAGGCUACCACUACGGGGUCAGCGCCUGUGAGGGCUGCAAGGGCUUCUUCCGGCGCAGCAUCCAGAAGAACAUGGCGUACACGUGUCACCGGGAGAAGAUGUGCGUCAUCAACAAGGUGACCCGCAACCGGUGUCAGUCCUGCCGUUUGCAGAAGUGCCUCGACGUGGGCAUGUCCAAGGAGUCGGUGAGAAACGACCGGGCCAAGAAGAAGAAGGAGGAGAAGCGCGCCGAGCCGUCCGAGGUGUACGUCCUCACCGCCGAGGAGGAGAAGAUGAUCGAGCGCGUCCGACGGGCCCACCAGGAGACCUUCCCCUCGCUCUGCCAGCUGGGGAAGUACACCACGAGUAACAGCGCGGAGCACCGCGUGGCUCUGGACGUCAACCUGUGGGACAAGUUCAGCGAGCUGUCCACUAAGUGCAUCAUCAAGACGGUGGAGUUUGCCAAGCAGCUGCCCGGCUUCACCACGCUCACCAUCGCCGACCAGAUCACCCUGCUCAAGGCCGCCUGCCUGGACAUCCUGAUCCUGCGUAUCUGCACGCGCUACACCCCGGACCAGGACACCAUGACGUUCUCGGACGGCCUGACGCUGAACCGCACCCAGAUGCACAACGCGGGCUUCGGCCCGCUCACCGACCUGGUGUUCAGCUUCGCCAGCCAGCUGCUGCCGCUGGAGAUGGACGACGCCGAGACCGGCCUGCUCAGCGCCAUCUGCCUGCUGUGCGGAGACCGACAGGACCUGGAGCAGUCCGAUAAGGUGGACGUUCUUCAGGAGCCCUUGUUGGAGGCUCUGAAGAUCUACGUGAGGAGGAGGAGGCCGGACAAGCCCAGCAUGUUCCCCAAGAUGCUGAUGAAGAUCACCGACCUCCGGAGCAUCAGCGUCAAGGGAGCGGAGCGGGUGAUCACGCUGAAGAUGGAGAUCCCGGGCCACAUGCCGCCGCUCAUCCAGGAGAUGCUGGAGAGCUCGGAGGGCCUGGACGGCCAGGGCGCCGGGGGGGGCGGGGCCAAGGGGGCAGACGACGGGCUGGCGGGGGCCGGGGGCAAGAGGAGGAGGGGCAGGAAGGACCGCGACGCCGGGGACGCGCCCGCGAGCGGCGGCAGCACGGGCACACCGUCGCCCGCCCCUUCCUCCUCCUCCUCCUCUUCCUCCUCCUCCCCGUGCGCACCCUCCCCCAUCCCCUGAGAACACACCGGCCCCACCCCCACCCACCCACUUUGUCGGUCAUCCAACCCUCCACACAUCCAUCCAUCCCCCCCCCCCCCACCACGGACCCCCGCCGCCACCUCUUCGUCCCUCCACGCGGCGGUGAGACAUGC